AAAAAACAAGAAAAGCAUUUUCAUUAAAAAAAACUUGCAGUUUACACGUUUUUCUGUUAUUGCUUUCCAAGAAUUGCACUGCUGCCAGUUUGGUGCGUUUGCUGGUUUACCUUGAGACCCCAACUAUGCAGAUUGGAGCUGAAAACACCGCUUCUAUUAUAUCCCUGUUUUCAAACUUAGCUUUGGCCUUGCCACGGGGUUAAAACGUAGUGGCAACUCCACGCCUACUGGCAAAUACUACCCAAUCAAUACGACUAGUUGAUAAAAAGGCCACAAAACAAACAGCACACACGGAAAUUCGGCAGGAAAACAGAGGGGAAAUCAGCAGGUAAUCAGCAAGGAGGAGUUGCAGGCAGACACAAUGGGAGUGCCCAAGUUCUUUCGCUACAUCAGCGAGCGAUAUCCAUGCCUCAGCGAGUUGGCGCGGGAGCACAGCAUCCCCGAGUUCGACAACCUGUACCUGGACAUGAACGGCAUCGUGCACAACUGCUCGCAUCCGGACGAUAACAACAUCCACUUCCACCUGGAGGAGCAGCAGAUCUUCCAGGACAUCUUCAACUACGUGGACAAGCUGUUCUAUCUGAUCAAGCCGCAAAGGCUCUUCUUCCUCGCAGUCGAUGGGGUUGCUCCGCGUGCCAAGAUGAACCAGCAGCGCAGCCGGCGCUUCCGUUCGGCCCGCGAGGCGGAGCAACUGGAGGCCAAGGCGGCGCAGCGGGGAGAGAGGCGGGAGCACGAGCGCUUCGAUAGCAACUGCAUUACGCCCGGCACCGAGUUCAUGGUGCGGCUGCAGGACGGGCUGCGUGCCUUCCUCAAGACCAAAAUCUCCACCGAUCCGCUGUGGCAGCGCUGCACGGUGAUCCUCAGUGGCCAGGAGACGCCCGGCGAGGGUGAGCACAAGAUCAUGGACUAUAUCAGGUAUAUGAAGGCCCAGCCGGACUUUGAUCCCAAUACGCGACACUGCCUGUACGGCCUGGACGCCGAUCUGAUCAUUCUGGGCCUCUGCACCCACGAACUGCACUUUGUGGUGCUGCGCGAGGAGGUGAAGUUCGGGAAGAACAUUAAGCGAGCCUCGGUGGAGGAAACGCGCUUCUUUCUCCUCCAUUUGGGCCUGCUGCGCGAGUAUCUGGAGCUGGAAUUUGAUGCUCUCAGCACCCCGCAGCAGAAAUUGGACGUGGCGCAGCUGAUCGACGACUGGGUGCUGAUGGGCUUCAUGGUGGGCAACGAUUUUAUACCCCAUCUGCCCUGCCUGCACAUCUCCUCGAAUGCUCUGCCCCUGCUGUAUCGCACCUACAUACGGAUUUAUCCCUCGCUGGGCGGGAAUAUCAACGAGAACGGCAAGCUCAACCUGCGCCGCCUGCAGAUCUUCAUGUCCGCCUUGACCGAGGUGGAGCUGGAGCAGUUUAAGGAGCAUGCCGACGACCUGAAGUAUAUGAAUGCCAAAACGGAGGCGUUUGACGUGGAUGUGGCGGAUAUUAGGGGCAACGAGAGCUACGAUACCGAUCUGGGGGCCUUGAUCAGCGAGAGCAUGAAGCUCUACGAGGACGACAGCGAGGAGGACUGGAGCGACGAGGAGGCCGCUCUGAUGGGCGAGUUCAAGAACUACAAGCGCAACUACUACCGCAACAAGUUCAAGCGGGAGGCGCAGGGCCAGCUGCUCGAUGAGCUGGGUCACCACUACGUGAAUGCGCUGCAAUGGGUGCUCGACUACUACUACCGCGGCGUUCAGUCCUGGGACUGGUACUACCCCUUCCACUAUGCCCCCUUCAUCAGCGAUCUCAAGAACAUCGAGCAGGUCCAGAUCGACUUUCAGCUGGGCACGCCAUUCCUUCCAUUCCAGCAGCUCUUGGCGGUGCUCCCGGCGGCCAGUUGCAAGCUGCUGCCCGUCGCCUACCACGACCUCAUGCUGCAGCCCAGCAGUCCGCUGGCCGAGUUCUAUCCGCUGGAGUUCGACAGCGAUCUUAAUGGCAAGAAGCACGACUGGGAGGCGGUGGUACUGAUUCCCUUCAUCGACGAACGGCGCCUGCUGGCUGCGAUGCGUAAUUGCGAAUCGCUACUCACCGAGGAGGAGCGGGAGCGCAAUCGUCAUGGUCCCAUGUACCUGUACAAUCACAGCACCGAGUCGCAGGGACCCAUGGAACAGCAGCCGCCGCUGCGGGCACUGGCCAAUCUCUUCUGCACCGAGGUGGCCAAGUGGUCGCGCGAAAUCGCCUUGAAUCUGCCGCACAGCGUCUGCGUGGAGCUGCCGAAUGCGGCGCGGCAUGUCUUCUUCCCGGGCUUUCCCACCAUGCAGCAUCUGCCCUUCGAUUUUGAGUUGCGCCACGAUCGCGUCAAGGUGUUCGAGCAGGUGAGCCGCAACCAGAACAUGGUGCUGAAGCCGCGCCGGCGGCAACUGGAGGACACCCUGGAGGCGGUGGCCGGUCAGUAUCUGGAGCAGGUGGUGCACAUCGGCUGGCCGCAUCUCAUCAAGGCCAAGGUGGUGCGCGUGGCCACGCGGGAUCGUCGCAUCGACGAGGAGGGAAUCGUCCCAAACGAAUCGCGGCGCUUCGACUCGGAAUGCAAGACGCUGCAGGAACAUUUCACCACCCGCAUGGGCAUUCAGUUUGCCAACUACGAUGUGCUCGUCUACGUGCGCACCUUUGCCGGCAGCUCGACGGAGUUUGGUGCGAAGGGCGUUAUCAAGGUGAAGGAUGCCUGGAGCAGCACCGUCACCGGUUAUCCCGCCCAGGGCGUCGUGGCCGAGUUGGCCGUGAAGGAAAGCCUGCGCAAGCAGUUCCGCAAGGUGGAGGAUUUCUUUCCCGCCGGCAGCUCGAUCUUCUUCAUCGGCAAUCCUUACUACGGCAGCGAGGGAACGGUGCAGGAUCCGCUGCUCGCCUACAGUUGCGGUCGCAUUCAGGUUAACAUACGUGUGAGGCCCGAACCGGAUGUCCAGGAGGCCAGGGCACUCCAAGAGGAACGCGAUCGGGAUCUGUUGAACACCUACGAGGUCUGCCAUCUGCUGAAUAUCAAUGGACGAGCCUUGGGUCGCCUCACCGGCACCGUUUGGGUGGUCCUCGGUCCGCGACGCGAGAAAAUGGAGAACGGCCAAGCACAACAUCGGCCUGCAGCUGAAGUAUCCGCGACAGAACGAGGAGCGUGCCGGCUACUGCUGCCGCUCGGGCAACCAGUGGUUCUACUCCAGUUUGGCCCUCGAUCUCAUGAGAGAUUAUUGCGAACGCUACCCCGAUGUGGUGGCCUUUUUCGGCGUGAGCAACGAUCGCGGCGAGUAUGUGUUCGAGCAGGAUGUCUUUCCGGAUGCCGUGGGCGAGCAUCGCGUCGAGGACUGGCCAAUUGGGUGCGCCAGCAGCCGCACAUGAAGGUGGAGCGCAUUUCGUGUGGCUCGAAGACCGUGUGCCGCGAAACUGUGGAGCUGCUGAUGGCCGCCGUCGAUGAGCUGCGCUCGCUGCCUGUCAAGGAUGUCAAGCUGCAGGUGAAGCCGCAUCUGCUGAUAAAACCAAAUGUCACGCUGCCCGAAGUCUAUCGUUCGCGUCGCCCGGUGCGCCUCUUCGAUCGCGUCGUCAUCGUUCGCACCAUUUACAUGGUGCCGGUGGGCAUUAAGGGCACCGUGAUUGGCAUUCACCCGGUCACUGAUCCCAAUCCGGUGCGCCUGGAGUGCGUCCAUGCGGUGGACACCUUCUGCGAGGUGCUGUUCGACAAGGCGGUGCCGAAUUGCAACGAUAUCCAUGGCAUCGCCCAGGAUCGCGUCUACAAGGUGCCCGAAAAUGCACUGGUGGUCAUUUACACCAACGAUCAAUCACAGAAGCAAAACGAGAGUGUUCAGCAGGCAACGAGGACCUCGCAGCAGCGGGAAUCGCAACAGCGGGAGUCGCAACAGCGGGAGUCGCAACAGAAGGCGAGCAACAGUCGCUAUGUGACGGCAGCUGGCUCCAAUUGGGUGCCCAUCACCAUGAAGACGCAGGUCUCCGAUGAGUUUGUGAAGACGAGUGGACAGUCGGGACAGCUGGAAAGGGAGAUGCCGGAGCAGAAGCCCUCCAACUGGCGGGAUAGGGCUAACAAAUCGCAGUCUGCCUCGGAUAAUUGGCGUCAGAAUCCAGCACGACAGCAAGGAGGAGCUGCUCCUCCUCCGGUGAAAGCAGCACCACCUUCCACUGCCACAGCAACUCCCACGCCGCAGGCUCAAACCUUGGCUCUGAUGUCUCUGCUGGGCUUGAAGAAGGAUCAGGAACCUGCUCCUCCGCCAGCUCCACUGCCCGGGCAAAUGCCUGCUAACUUACCCAAGCCACCGCUCUUCUGGCAGCAGGAGGCGCAGCAGAGUGAUCGCAUCAAGAGCCAGCAGUGGUACCGAAGUGCUCACACGGGAGCGCAGAUGGUUGACCAGCAAAUAAGGCAGCAGCAGCAGCAGCAGCAACAGCGAAUGCAGCAGCCACCGGCAGCUGUGUUACUUGCUCCAUUUAACAAAGGAAAUCAGAGCAGCAGCAGCAUGAGUUCCUUCAACAACAACGUGCGCAUGAUGGUAGCUCCUUCAUCCUAUCAGCCGUAUCCACAGCAACAGCAGUCACAAUAUCAGCCGCAAUUCCAGCAGCUGCAGGAGAUCAACAAUGUGCCACAGCAGCCGCGUUACUCCUCCAUCCAAGACUUUGUGCCCAUACAGGCGUAUCGGCCGAGGAAGGCAAAGCGUCAGGAUUCACAGCCACAUACCACAGAAACCACCGGCAGUUCUAGUCUCCCGGAAAAGUCAACGAACGAACAGCAGGCUGUUGGGCUGAUGCAAACGCUUAAUAUUCAGCCCUCGACAUCACAGUCCGAAUCUAGUGCGGCCAAUCAAUCAGGCGGAACGGAUGAAUCCGUAUCAUCGUCUUCAUCCCAGGCCAUCAAACCCAGGAAACAGCGAGUUCCUCGCAUUGGAGCCAAAUUCGAUUUGGAAUAUAUAAUGCAUUAAGGACGACUCCAGGCCACUCAAUGAAUUGAUCUUAAAAAAACAAAGCAACCCCGAAAACCUUGAAAUUUCCCAACUCUGUAUUCUAAGUUUCAAAACCCACCUAACGAUAUGCAAAAAGUUGUUUAGAACAGAACAGACCCUUUAUAUACCUUAUUUUUCAUUUCCUAGUCGUCUUUUGCGAGGCAAUCGAAGUAGCGCCGCAUCUUAAGGACUGUAUUUUCCAACGAAAAUUGUUGAUUUUGUUAGUAAUGAAAUGAGAGACUGACUCAUCUUAUUCUAUUAUUUUUUUGUAAUAAACUCGACUUUUUCCGCA